AUGACGACCAUUCACCACCAGCAGAUGCUGCAGGAGCACGUGUCCAUGGAGUUCUCCAGCUCCACCACCCACAUACAGACCUUCUCCCAGACAACCAAGAUCGUGGGAGAGGAAGUCGUGACGAGGAAGUCCUCCAGCACAGUGGAGUUCUUCAAUUUGGUGACCCGGAGUUCCAACAUCCCUGCCGGCGAGAGCGUCCCUGAGUUUGUGGAGAAACCUCACCCAAUCACCUUACCUGAGGGGGAUAAAGCUGUGUUCCGAGCACGGGUGCAGGGGAACCCCAAACCCAACGUCUCCUGGAAGAGAGAGAGUGGCAUCCCCAUCAAGGAGUCCGCUAAGAUAUUCUACGACAGCAUUAACAAGGAGCAUGUGCUGAAGCUGGAACCACUGACCUCAGAUGACUCCGACAACUACAAGUGCAUUGCAAGCAAUGACCAUGCAGAUGCCAUCUACACCGUGUCCCUGCUGGUGACAGAGGGUCAAGAAAAACUAGAUUUCAAGAAGAUGUUGAAGAAGAGGGCUCCUCCACCCCCCAAGAAGAAGCAGAAAGUGACAGAUGAGAAAGAGAUGCUGGAGAUUUUGUCCAAGGUGCCCAAGAAAGACUUUGAAAAGGUCUGCAUGGAGUAUGGUUUCACUGACUUCCGGGGGCUGCUCAAGAAGCUCAAAGGGAUGAAGAAGAAAGCGGAAGUGGAGGCCAUCCGGAUUCUGAAGCCCCUGGAAGACAUAGAGACCAAGAUUGAUACCACAGUAACCUUUGAGUGCAUCCUGGAGCUGAAGGACCCCAAUGUCAAGAUGAUAUGGAUCAAGGAUACUGAGCCACUGAGGAUCCAAUACUCCCUGGGCAAGUAUGAUGUGAAGCAGAUGGGCACCAAGUACAUGCUGGUGAUUACCAACGUAAACAUGAGUGACGCCGGCGUCUACAGCCUGUCUGUGGGUGAUAAGCGGAUGAGUGCACAGCUCACAGUGCUGGAUGAGCCACUGAAGAUCUUAGGAGAUCUGAAGCCACUAAAGGUGACAGAGCGCCAGACAGCUUUGUUUGAGGUCCGCCUCUCAAAGAAAGAGCCCAACUUUGUGUGGAAGUUCAAUGGGAAGGAGUUGAAGAGGGAUGACAAAUAUGAAAUCUCAGUGUCUGAGGAUGGUCUGACCCACACACUUAAGAUAAAGGAUGCCAGACUCAGUGACAGUGGCGAGUUCUCUGUUCAAGCGGGGAACCUGGUACAGAAGGCUCAGCUCACUAUUGACCGCAUCCCCAUAAAGUUUGUGAGCACUCUCAAAAAUGCACGUGUGAAAGAGAAGAGUCGUGCAUGUCUCGAGUGUGAGCUGAAUUCCAAGGAUGUGACACUGAGAUGGAAGAAAGAUGGGCAGCUGCUGGCACAUGGCUCCAAGUAUAGCAUGAACCACGAGGGCAAGCGAGCAGAACUGAUCAUUGAGGAUGCACAGCUCAGCGACGGUGGCGAGUACACUGUGGUGGCCAUGCAGAAUGGGGAUCCCACUGAAUACUGUAGUACAGCCACCCUCACUGUGGAAGAGCGCCUGGCCACAGUGAAGAGCGGGAUGUCCGACGUUCACGCUGCCACCGGGAGCCCAGCAGAACUGUGCGUAGUGCUGAAUGACGAGAAGGUGGAAGGCGUGUGGCUGAAGGAUGGCAAGGAGAUCACUGACUUGCCGGGUGUGCAAAUCGUGAAGCAGGGUGCAGUGCACAAGCUCAUCUUCCCCAACAUGGGCCCGGAGCAUGAGGGCAAGUAUACAUUCCGAGCCAAGGGCGCCGAGAGUGAAGCCUCGGUAUUCAUCGCAGAUCCUCCUGCCAUCGACCCCUCAAUCCUGGAGGCACUAGCUGCACACCCUGUGACUGUGAAGGUAGGCCACACGGCCCACAUAAAAGUGCCUUUUCGGGCAAAGCCACUGCCCAAAGUGACGUGGUACAAGGACGGCAUGGAAGUUACGGAGGAGGAACGCGUGUCCAUGGAGCGCGGGGAAGACCAGGCACUGCUCACCAUCUCAAACUGCGUGCGUGAAGACAGUGGCCUGGUUCUGCUCAAGCUCAAGAAUGACUACGGCACAGCCACAGCCACUCUGCACCUCAGUGUGCUGGACCGCCCCAAGCCUCCGCAGGGCAGAGUGGAGUUCCUGGAGCUCUCGGGUAAUUGUGUGCACAUGAAGUGGAAGGCCCCCAAGGACAACGGAGGACGACCUGUGACACAGUUCAUAGUGGAACGGAGGGCAGUUGGCAAGAAAUCCUGGAUUAAGAUAGGCGAGGUGGAUGGCAAAGUCACCAACUUCUCCACCAACAAGGUGGAAGAGGGAAAAGCCUACCAGUUCCGUAUCCUGGCAGUCAAUUCAGAGGGUGUGAGUGACCCCCUGGAGACUGACGAAGUAUUUGCAGGAAAUCCCAUAGAACCCCCAGGUUUUGCUUCCCAGCCUCAAGUGACUGAUGUGACCAAAGAAACUGUGACCAUCACAUGGAAUGCCCCUACCCAGGAUGGGGGAGCCCCAGUGCUUGGCUAUAUUGUGGAGCGAAGAAAGAAAGGCAGUAACUUGUGGGUACCAGUCAACAAGGACCCUGUACAGGGUACCAAGUAUACCGUGGAUGGUCUCCUGGAGGACACAGAAUAUGAAUUCCGAGUUAUAGCUGUGAAUAAGGCAGGCCCUGGACAGCCCAGUAUGCCAUCCAGUUCAGUGGUAGCCAAGGAUCCUGUUAAACCCCCAGGCUUGGUGCAGGGACUGCAUGUGUCUGAUUCAUCCAACUCGAGUAUUUCCCUGGGCUGGCAGGAGCCUAUAGAAGGAGACCCACCCUCUGGCUAUAUCCUUGAGAUGCGGGCUGAAGACAGCAAGGAGUGGUCCAAGUGCACAAAAAUCCCCAUCUCAGGCACCUGCUACACAGUGGGGGGCCUGACUGAGAGGCAGAAGUACUUCUUCCGUAUCCGGGCUGUGAAUGAAGCUGGGGUUGGGGAGCCUGUGGAGCUAGAUGAAGGGGUUCGUGCCAUGCCACCACCAGCUGCCCCAAAGUUUGACCUCAGUGCACGGCUGAAGAGUCACAUGGUGGUUCGUGCUGGGACAGCUCUCUGCAUCCAUGCAGCCUUCUCCGGCUCACCACCACCAGAUGUGAUCUGGAAGAAAGAUGGUAUCACUACAAAGGGCCGGGAAACGAUCACCAAAGGCAAAAACCAUUCCCAAUUCCUCAUCAAUAGCACCAAGCGCUCUGACUCAGGGGUGUAUCGAAUCUUGCUCCAGAAUGAAUUUGGAGAGGCACACUAUGACAUUCACGUGCAUGUGACAGAUUUCCCCCGGCCUCCUACAAACCUACAAUUGUUUGAGGAGGUCCCCAACACAGUGACUCUGACCUGGAACCACAGCCCUGAUGUGCAGGAAGAUGGUGAUGCGCACUAUGUCAUCAUGAAGCGGGAUGCCAGCAGUCCCACAUGGUUCACGGCAGCUGAGCGUGUCUUCAGCAACAAAUACACAGUGACAGGGCUGCUCCCAGGCAGAAAGUACUAUUUCAGAGUGGUAGCCAGGAAUGAAAUUGGUGACAGUGAUCCACUGGACUCCAAGGAUACCUGGCUCAUCAAUAAGGACCACAUUGAAAACCUGGACACCAAGCUGAAGCCAUACCAGCAGAAGGACUGGCGCCACGCACCUCGUUUCCUGACUCCGCUCAAGCCACACAUGGUGCUCCGAGGCCAGGAUUGCACCAUGACCUGCGCCUUCCUUGGGAACCCACGGCCCACAGUGACCCUCUACAAGGGUGAUGUCAACAUCACGGCCAACUCCAAGUUCUGGUACAACUCCACGAGUGGAGUAUGCACCCUUGUCAUUCCCACCUGCACACUAAAGGACAGUGGGGAGUACAGCGUGCUGGUGGAGAAUGAACUUGGCAAGGACCGCAGCAGCUGCACACUUACCGUCUAUGACAAGGAUGACAAGUCAAUUCUAACAUCAAUCACUGAGAACCUACAGAAGAAAUCAAAGCACCUGAUGUGA